GAAGUAGCAGACGCGCCGAGUGGCGUGGCCAGCCUAGCCUGCAGCAUUUAACAGCCUCUCUCAUUCGGUCAAAGAUGCAUUUUAUCGUUCUUUCCUGAGUAUUCGCUUUGUGUUGAACAUCAGAUCCAGUGCUCAGCUACGAUGUCCGACAAAACAGAGUUGCGUUCUCCAAACUUCUUGCUCAAGUCUUUCUUUGCUGGUGGUGUGGCCGGCAUGUGUGCCAAGACAACAGUAGCUCCACUGGACAGAAUCAAGAUACUUCUUCAGGGUCACCAAUGCCACUACAAGCAUUAUGGUGUAUUCUCUGGCCUCAAGGGCAUAGUGCAGAAAGAGCAAUUCCUUGGGCUAUACAAAGGCAAUGGAGCACAGAUGGUCCGUAUUUUUCCCUAUGCUGCUGUACAGUUUCUUUCAUUUGAAGCAUACAAACGAGUUAUACGGAACACCUUUGAAAAUACUUCCCAUGCAAGCAAGUUUGUGGCUGGUUCAUGUGCAGGUGUGACUGCUGCAGUGACUACUUACCCGUUGGACAUGGUCAGGGCAAGACUAGCAUUUCAAGUCAAUGGCCAUCACAUCUACAAUGGAAUCUUUCAUGUUGUGACGUCCAUUGUUAAGACGGAAGGCGGCGUCAGAGCAUUGUACAAGGGUCUUUCACCAACAGUUCUUGGUAUGGUGCCUUAUGCGGGGCUGUCCUUCUACGUCUUUGAGCGUUUGAAAGCCUUUUGCCUGGAAGUGUUUCCCAACACCUGCGGCCGUCCGUACCCGGGUAACACAGGUGGUAUUGUGCUUGUGGUUCCUGCCAAACUUCUGUGCGGGGGCUUUGCUGGUGCAAUUGCACAGACUUUUUCCUACCCUCUAGAUGUUGCCCGUCGACAAAUGCAGCUUAGCAUGAUGCACCCAGAAAUGAAUAAAUACAGCAAGAGCCUGUUCAGCACAUUGGCAUUGACCUUUCAUGAGCACGGCAUCUCCCGAGGAUUGUACCGUGGUAUGAGCGUCAACUACCUGCGUGCGAUUCCCAUGGUGGCCGUGUCGUUCUCUACAUACGAGGUUACUAAACAGUUGCUGGGUCUGGACACAGGCCUGGACUCCUGAUCACAUAUCUCACUCUUAAUAACAGUGGUACACUUAACUGUGCCAGCCAGUCAUAAGCAUCAAAGUAACAGUCAGCAGCAAGUUAAGGCAUAGCCAAGUCCUGGUGCUUUUGGCAAGAUGCAUUUGUCAUACAUGGGGCAUCCCACUUGGCCUUGCAGAGUACAGACUGUCUGAAGUACUGGAAUAUGCACACGCAUUUUUCUUGCAGUUCUGAAAAGUGCCACAGUGCAAGCGCACAUGCGAAACUGAUUGGACUUUCAGUACACCUAAAGACGAGACAACUGUAGGCCUAAGCGUGUUUUGACAAAGCCUUUACUGCGGGCCGUGCACAGAGGCCAUGUAGUUCGUUUUGUGGGCACAGCUUUUGUAUUGAAAACACCAGAGCCAGUUUGCUUAGAAGUCUAGUGUGUCAGCAAAACUCCACACAUAAUCAUAACUCAACACCUCUUGGGUCUGCACAGCUUCUACUCAACUCAGCUGUGAUUUAACACAUAAGGCAUUGAGAUUCAAUAAAGGUAGGUGCAGGCACUGCCAAGUAAAAGCUGUGCGACCUCAACUUUUAAUUUAUAAGUUAUGGAAUUUUCAUGUCAGCAUUGAAGCACGAGGCACUAUUUUGCCAAGAUAAUGAAUCUACAUUCGUUGUACAUUCUCUUGAAUCAUGACCAUUUCAGCACAGCAGUGUAGAUGCUGAACGAAUAGGUAAACAACCUAGGAAAUAAAGAAAGCACAUAUGGAUUAGCCUGUCUAUGAUGCAACUCUAAGGUCGGUUCCCACAAUUUGUAAGCUUGCACAGUAAUAUAUAAACAUCAGCAGACAUUGUAUAACUGCUUUCUAUAACAGAUGUGCAUAUUGCUGCAUCCAUUUCUUAAAUCGUGCAUAUAUAUAACAGCCUUCAGGAUUCACUUUAAUGGCCGCUUGUACUGAGGCACAAUGACUGUUUAACUAGUGCAGGCUAUAUUAACAUUCUGAUUGAUUGCCAAUGCAUGAUACAAGCUGCUGAACUGUUUUAUACGGUACUAUGCAAUAAAAACUUUACACGAAUA